UAGUUCGCGUCAUGCCAUGGUUUGUGCGGCCGCUAGUUGAAGUGCUGCAUUCUUGGUUACUGGAUGUGUACCCUUGACCUACCUGCCUUCACACUCCGGUGAGCGUCGUGUCGGCCGCAGCGGCCGUAGUGAAGAGUCGACUGUUGUGCUUAGUAGAUCACGUGACUCCCUCUCCUCCGUGCCCCCCUUACACCUGAACUUGACGGAGUCGCUGGAGUUGUUCGCGACUCGCGACCGGUACCGCAGGCAGUCACUCUCCUGCUACAGCCACCGUGGCGUCCCCCAACGUGUGACAUGACAGGUGAUAACAACGCCCAGUGAACUCUUUCAGUUUGGAUCUGCCAACCCCUUGCCAUGGCGACCAAGAGAGACCAGAGGUCUGUGGCAGCCGAACAGUUCAUCCAGGAGAAGCAGGCACAGGAGGAGAAGGAUCUCAAGGAACAUGGACAAGUCAAGCACGUCAGUACCUUCAGGCAGGCAUUGCCACAGGUAUUGGCAAGUACAGCUAAAAAUCUCAUACUACUCGACCUGGGAAUGACGAUUGCAUUUCCCACGAUUGUCAUUCCAGUUUUACUCAAGGCGAAAUCUGGACUGUCUUUUAGCACCACACAAGCAUCAUGGUUUGGUAGCAUUGGGUUCAUAUGCCAGCCCCUGGGCAGCGUGUUGUCAGGUAUCGUUCUGGAGCCAUUGGGUAGGAAGUACUCUAUGUUGCUGGUCAACGUCCCCCACAUCUUCGGCUGGUAUCUGUUCUACUCUGCAAGCUCACUGGUCACUCUCUUCACUGCUAUCAUCAUCAUGGGCUUAGGUGUGGGUUUCAUGGAAGCUCCAAUUAUAACCUACGUUGGUGAAAUCAGCGAACCCAGAUUCAGAGGUAUCCUGACUUCAUACGCUGGGAUAUUCGUCUCUCUAGGGUUCGUGCUGAUCUACGCGAUGGGGAACUUCACAGACUGGCAACACGUAGCAGCAAUCAGUUGUUGUGUGCCUAUCAUCACAAUCAUCGCCAUAUCACAAGUACCUGAGACUCCACUAUGGCUGCUGUCCCGAGGCAGACUGGAGGAGGCAGAGAAGGCUUUGUGUUGGCUGAGAGGCUGGGUGGAUCCACGAGCUGUGCGACAAGAGCUCACAGAGAUGAUCCGCUACAGCGAGUCGUCCCAACUUCGGAAACCACAAGCAGAACAACUAGAGCGAGCUGCGUACACCAACCAAGUGUCACUUGAGGAUGAAGAAAGAGGAGAUAAGAACUCUGUCAGUUUAUCACCCAACGUCAAGAGUGACGGUGAUAUCAGUAAAACUAGUGACUCAGAAAAAACUAGUGAGUUUGUGACUGUUGAUUUAGCAGAUUCAUCAAACACAAAGCAUCUGCAAAUCAACAAUAAUGGAGUUAAUAUGAAAAAAGGUGACUGUGAUAAUACAGGGGUUCAUGAGACUGACUGGAAAGUACGACUGAAAGACUUUUUGAGACCUGAAAUGUUGCGGCCUUUGGGUCUCGUUAUUGGUUUCUUCUUCUUCUUGAAUACUUCAGGCAUCACGGCAAUGAGGCCAUACUUGAUUAAAAUAUUUGAGAAAUUGGAUUUUCCAGUCAGCCCAUAUCGAUCUACUGUGGUGUUCUCAGUGAUACAGUUCACUGCCAACAUCUUGUGCAUGGUGACGGUGCGAUGGACAGGCAAGCGACCCAUGGCACUAAUAUCGCUGCUAGCCUGUGCCAUAUCUACCACUACGACAGGCUUGUACACUGUGUUCUCUGAACCUCAAGCACCCUCUCAGUCCGGCUGGCUGCCUUUCCUCAUGUUCAUGGUGCUUCAGUUCUUCACAGGCUAUGGUGUCGCUCCUGUACCUUGGAUGCUUGUCAGUGAAGUUUUUCCAUUCAGAGGGCGCAGUUUUGCAAGUGGUGUGGCAGCAGCAGCCUCUUAUAUCUUGGGUUUCGUUGGCACAAAGACAUUCCUCGGUCUGGAGAUGAACCUGGGUCUAGGAGGUGUCUUCUUGCUGUACGGCAGUCUCAGCUUCAUAGGGACCGUGUUCCUGUACUUCAUCAUGCCCGAGACAGAGGGACGCUCUCUCGAACAGAUUGAGCAAGAUUAUAAGACAAAAAAAUAGCAUAACAUGACCAGCAAGAGUUAUUACACCUCAAGUGAUAUUAUAGUUUAAACAUUAUGUGUAAAAAUAUUUGUAUAUGUGAUAAUUAUUAUUUAUUUUAUAAAAAAAUAUUUAAAAGAAAA